AUGGCGGGUGUCUUUGACGCCGUUGGGCGUUUUUUCCUUCACAUAUACAGAACUCUACUCAAUAGACAUUCAUUUUUUGGUUUACUUAGACAUAUUUUAAUCAACAUGACUUUUAUUCUCAUAUGGAUAACUACUUUCAAAAAUGCAUGGCGAAUCGAUUCCUCAAUCCGGCCAUUGAUUGAUGUUAACUACCUCGAAGCGUUGGAUAGAAGAGUUUUUGGAUUUUCAAUGUUCGGUCUUGCAUCACAAUUCACCUGUUCGGUUAUUGGAAUACUUUGGAUGUAUACACUCACACGAAAGAAGAUAUCGAUAAUCGCUGGACUGCCUCCUCUACUCCUCAAUAUCCUCUACGCACUUUCCCAUAACCUCUCCGAACCCCUUGAUGUUUUCGCUUGGCUAUCAUAUGGUGUUAUUCACUUCAUCUCUCCCUUCUUGGCCGCCUUUUGGCUUUGGCUAUUUGCACCCCCUGGAGUUGUAUCAAUGUUCGCCUGGUCCUUUGGUAUUCAAAACUGUCUAGGAAUCAUGACCCAUCUAUCCUUCCCCUCGGCUGCUCCUUGGUAUGGCGACCAAUACGGCUAUCCUCUCCCACCUGGAAACUACAGUAUGCCCGGUUCCGCCGCUGGUCUCGUGCGCGUCGACAAAGUCCUCGGAACCCACAUCUACGCCAAUGCAUUCAAAGCCUCUCCCUUGGUUUUCGGCGCAUUUCCUUCCCUACAUGGAGCAUUCAGCUGCUGCUGUUUCUUCUUCGUGGGCCGCUACUCCAGGAAAGGAACUUUUAUACUCGGGUUUUACGUAUUAUGGCAAUGGUUUUCGACAAUGUAUUUGCGUCACCAUUGGCGGAUCGAUCUUUUGGGUGGACUCGCUUAUAGUGCAUUUGCAUUUUCGCUUUUCUACCGCAGUUUGCAGAAAAUCGACAGGGCAUAUGCGACGGGAGUUAGUGGGGGAAAUGGCUGGCAAAGACUUUGGGAGGGAACGAGGUUGCAGUAUUGGUUUGAUAGGAGACCCGCGCAGCAGGGUUAUGAGGUGCUCUUGGAAGAACAGGAAUACAAUAAGGAAGCAAGGGGAGAGGAUAGAGAAAUCGACAGUCCGGGAUCAUCUCGAGAAGAUUUGGAGGGUGCGUGGGUGAGGGACGAGGGGGUUACUUGGACGGUUAGAGAUACGGAGAGGAGGUCGAGGUAG